AAAGAGCUGUAAUAAGAUCCAGAGGCGCUGGAAGAGUUGCAUAUAAACGCGAGUCGAGUAACGUGCGCGGUUUUAUAGCAGAAGGCCCUGAAUUCCUGUCACCUCCGGGAUACUGAUACUGCGGCAAGCACAAAAGCAUCUCGUGAGUUUGAGUCGCGAGCUUUCCGCCGCAUCCCGGUGCAGGGUGAGGAACAUGAGCUGACACGGAGCCGACUCCUCUGGAUCAGCUGGCUCACGAAAAUGUUGAUGAGGAUGUUUAUGAUUGCGACAAAACAAAACUAUCAAUAGCUAUGGUGACAUCACGUCCACUUGGUUUUGCGGAUCUGGACACUCUGAUCUCGGAGCUCGCGCCUCUCAGCCUGUGCUAGCGACCUUGGAUUACGGCUACGGAUUUGGAUACAAUCAUGAACUCGCUGCUUUUCGGAGACGCGUUGUCCGCCGGGAUGCUCGCCGCGCUGCCCGGGAGCGGAUCCGGCGCGAGCGCGCUGCGCGACGAUCUGGGCUCCAACAUCCACGUGCUGAAGACACUGAACCUGCGCUUCCGCCGCUUCCUGGCCCGCGUGCACGAGCUCGAGCGCAGGAACAAGGCGCUGGAGAGCCAGCUGAAGCAUGCCGCCGAGAGAGCGACCUAUCGCCCGCUGUUCACGCGCGACGUGGCCGUGCAGACCGACUCGACCGAGCCGAGGCUGCCGGGCACCAUCUGGAGCUUCACGCACGUGCGGCGGCGCGGGGAGCGCGUGGAGACGCUGCACGGGCCCGGCGUGUCGUGGUCGCACCCGGACGGCGUGGGCGUGCAGAUAGACACAAUCACACCCGAACUCAGGGCGCUUUACAACUUUCUGGCCAAAGUCAAGCGCGAGCGGGAUGAGUACAAGAGCAAGUGGCAGGAGGAGCUGUCUAGACGAGAGCAGAUGGAAACGAUGCUGGAGACACUGCAUGAGAAUGCUCAGGAGUCAGAGGCCAUUCAGGAGGAGCUGAGGAAUAAAGUGGAGAGGUUAAAAGCUGAACUGGUGGUCUUCAAAAGCCUCAUGAGUGAUGGUGGCCGGCAUCCUGCUUCUCGUUCUAGAGCUGCAGAAAACAGGAGAAGUUUCCCUGAUCUGAAACAAAUGUCUGAGCUGGACUCUAAAAUCCAGGAGAAAGCCAUGAAAGUGGACAUGGACAUCUGCAGAAGAAUCGACAUCACGGCGAAACUGUGUGAUGUAGCGCAACAGAGAAAUUCUGAAGACAUAAUAUUCAACGUCAGUCCAUCCAGGGCCCCACCGGGGCCUGUGGCCUGCAGGAGAAAAGAGAAGAAGGCGUUGUCAGAUGAGGAAAACUCAGAGAUGGAUGCAGAUCCAAGCACGUCGGAAGAGGAAGCAGCCGGGUCACUCAACAUUACGGAUGAGAUGAAGCGGAUGCUCAACCAGCUACAUUGCUCAGAUAACUCAUUUGUUGCCAGGCGGGAGACCUUUGACAUCGACGAUGAUUGUGACAGUUUGACGUGGGAAGAAAACGAGGAAACGCUGCUGCUGUGGGAGGAUUUCACCAACUACAACGUGCCGUUCAUCAACACCACAAACAAUGGGGCAGACUGUGGAGGAGGCAGCCAGGAAGCCGACUGCAGUCUGGGAAGUCUGAUUGAUGAAACCGAGACGCUCUUCAAGACCAGGGAAGAGGAGUACCAGGCAACAAUUGGCCAGAUCGAGAUGGAGUUGGCUACAGCUAAGAGUGACAUGAAUCGGCACCUUCAUGAGUACAUGGAAAUGUGCAGUAUGAAAAGAGGGUUGGAUGUACAGAUGGAGACAUGCAGGAGAAUGAUCAAGGGGGGAAGAAGCUCUCCGUCCUUCAGCUCAGUGGCGAGCAGUGACUCAGGGAACACUGAUGAGAUCCAGGAUGAGUCAGACAAGGACGGAGAUACAGAGGGGGCAGUCAGCUGAUAUUUACCCAGCCGGGUCACACCCUCCCCUCACCGAGCUCCUAUCAGCUCCAAGGCCACUCAGCAUUCGGCCAAUAGUAUCGAGCAGGACCAGUCCAAAGGAACUCUGAUGGACAGGUCCUAUUUUCCUGUAGGUGCUUUAAAGUCUCCUUUCUAGUGGGGAAGGUGAAGAGGGACGUUCUCUUGCCUCUUGAGCAUUGUGCCUCUGCGCUGAUGUCCUAGGGUGUUCUGUCAGUCAAAUCAACCUGACCAAUCACAAGCUUCAUUUACAACCGUUUUAUAGAGUAGGCAAGCCAAACCGUACCUACAAUUAAACUACAAUUCAGUGUCAAUACAAGACCCCACAGAAAUUUACAGUCAUAAAGAGCCAUUUCGCAUGUGUGAACCUUUUCAAGUGGUUGGAUUUUCUGUCUUUUCUACAAUGCUGUAUUAUUAAGAAGGCAGAACAAUAGCUUUGAAGGCCACUCUAAACUCUAAUUAACAAAAACCCAGUAGCGUGUGUGGACAGAAUGCAGCACAGCUCUCUAAGGUCUAUGCAAACAGUUAGCCUUAUGUCAUGUUUUCAUGUUAUCUAAUGUUAUGUGUAUCCUGAUUGCCAUCUACGCUGGGAAGACAGUUAUCGCCAUUGAGUGCUUCUAGAGGAAAUCGUGAGGCCUGUAAUGUUUACAAGCUCAAAGGAGGGAGCUGUGGUGCAGUAUAGGUGCCUACUCAAGAGCACUCCACUUAAAAAACUUACCAGUUUCUGUGUUCAAUUGUCAUAAUUAUGGAUUGAAAAGAGCUAUGUGCCUGAUCUUAUGACUGGACUUUUUGAUUUUGAUGGCCUUAAUGUAUUCGCUUGCUUUAAAAAAAAAAAAAAUCGCAGCCUGCAUAUUUGCUCUUAUAGACUUCUUGUUUUGUAUGUCUUAAUAAUUUUUGCUGCUUUUUCCAAAGACAAAGCUGCCUUAUUUUGUUAAGCGGCUUGAAUGAGAGACUUCAGGUAGCAAUUCUGAUCAAUGGACAUUUUUGUUGCGCAGGUUACUGUCACUAUUACUAAUAUAUUAAUUUAGUGAUGAUGACCAAUCAGAUAUGCCAGCAUAAUUUCAACCAUAAUACUGAGCGUCUCACGUUUGGCCAGCAGAGGAAAAUUUUCCAUUAAGUUUAUCUCUGUAAUUAGGCUCAAGAAAGCUAUUAGUGUUUCCAUACUAAGAAUAUCAUGUUAUUUUUGUCUUUUUGUUCAUGUUUGACUUUCUGGCAUUUAUGUUGCAUACACAAGUUUUCAACAAAUAUUUUCAUAUUCAUUUAAAUGUCAUUUAUGUUUUUUCUAGGAUUAUUUUUUUUGUUCAUAUUUAAACCGUCUAUUUGUGUAAAAAUGAGGUCCUGACAUUAAUAACAAAGAUUGAUUGCAACGGUAAAAUGAUUCAGUACAAAAUCUUGAAAAACAUUGCACAAAACAGAAAAAUACAGUUGCAUUCAUUUGAGACUCCAUAAUACACAAUCCAUUAUAUUCAGCUUUUAUUAUACUGUGUUAUAUUCUACUUCUUAAAAGUCAUAUUAUGGAAUUUCAUAUGAAAGUCCUGCUUAAGGGUUUUGUAUGAAUUUACUUUUUUUUUUUUAAACAAUAUUCAGGGUCAUUUGGAUGCUUUCUCUGGUAAAUAUGUCAUGCACUAAUCAAAAUUUUGCCUUUUAGCCUCAAACAAUGCUUUUUUUUAUAUUCUUUAACACAAUAACAGGAAGAUCAUACUAAAUUUCUUUGUACCAAGCCCAACAACAGAAAUCUCAGUAGUGACUUCCUUUUUUUUAAUCAUUAAAAUGUAAAAAUAAUGGGUUUAUAUGAAUGUAAGAGAGAUAUAGGAAAAGACUUUCCAGUUUAAAGGUGCAGUUUGUAAAGUUAUAGACCUUUAACAAUCAUAUAACUAUUAGAUAAUUUCAAACAUACUUAGGAAAACUGACAUUUGCCACAACUGACAUGUAACAGAUCUGGCUAGUUUCUUCAUUUAAUGCUUCUGUUGACAUUUCUUACGGCCCUGAAAUUUGAAAUGGAGCAUCUCAGCUAUGCCCAUUUUCUGUAAAAGGGCCAUUCACAGGGAUACAAAGUUUCACCAGGGGAUGUGCUGGGUUGAGGGGAAGGGAAAGGCUCGUCAGUUUUUACUCCAACUCCAGUUCAUCUCACAGGUACCAGAAGGUGUAAUAAAUCACAAACUGCUCCUUUAAAUGCAUGUUACAGUGGUAUCAGAGUGUUAGGUUUUAAGGUUUUGUGCUUGUGACCAGAAGGCUGUGAGUUCACAUCGCAGGGUUGCCACUGAUGGGUUCUUGAGCAAGACCCUUAACAACCCUGCUGUUUCACCUUGUAAGUCGCUUGUAAGUUAUAAGAAUGUGCUGAUUCAGUUGAAAUUCUGUCAUGUAGACACUGGAGCUUUACUGAAGUAGCAGUACAGAUAUGGCCUGAAACACCUUGGGGUUUUUUUUUUCUCUAGGAAACGUCUUUGCAUCAUUUCGUGUGCCAUGUUCACUAUUACUCUUAUCAUUUGAAAUCCUGAUACCUCAAUAUCGGAAUAUACAUUAUAUCCAUGUAGACACAUCCUCUAUGAAGAGCUUUCAUGUGCAAUAUUAUGCAUUCCAGUACUGUUUUUAACACACCCUCAUCGACUUCCCCUCACCACAUGCCUAUUAGUUAUUAGGCAAAAGUUACCCAGAAGCUGACUAUAAAUGUUGAGUGGAACAAUACAUACUUGAUAUUCUUGAAAAAUAUCAUACUUGAUUUGCAUAAGUCAAACUGGAUUUUAUGUUGCCAUCUACUCCGUUCAUAUGAGUUAGCUGAUGUUAUUUCAUUCAUUUAUAACUGCUAGCUGAUUAGCAUACUGGCUAAAUAGAACUCUAGUUAGCUAGUUAAAAUGAAAUAGACCAGGAGUAUAACAUGCUUCAUCAGAGACUGUGUUGUGAGCAGUUUUUGAAUUACAUGUGAGCCAAAAGAAGUACUUGAGCUCCCUUAUGAGCAAUAAGAGCAUAGGGGGCAGAAAAGCAAUAAUUUAUGAGUUAUACUAAGCCCAUCUAUCCCAAGCCAAAGGAGUCUCUUCUCUGUUCGUUGACCAUAAAUUAAAGCUGCAUGCAUUUUAAGUUUAUAUGAGCGCUUAGUGGAAUUACAUUUUUUAUCUUGCUUUUUACAGAAUUGAUAUUUCAACUCUGUGUAAUCUGUGUAUGACAGAAUGUCAAUACUCUACUGCAAGCAAAAAAACUUCACAACUGAAAGAAAAAAAAAAUUAAAUGAACAAUACCAUUCAGUAGAGUACUAAUGUAGUCUCUUGUUUAAAAGUGCAGUUUGUUCAAUUUAAAAGUGCUAUAGACUUACAUCAAUCAUAUCAUUUUAAACAUACCUUAGAAAAACUGAUUUGCCACAGUGACAUGCAACAGAUCAGAUUUUUCUGGCCCUGAAAUCUGAAAUGGCAACUCAGGGGGUAUGCACUCACAUUCAGCAUCAGAUGUUUAAUGAACUCUGGGCAGAUAAUCCCCUGAGCUGUUUAGCUGUAAUUAGUUAAAAAAACACCGAAUAUAAAUAUUGAACUGGGAUCAGCAGUUUUGGUGGAAGUCAUUUUGAUGCUGAAAACCUAAAUAAAUAAAUACAAUUGUAUCUUUCAAUUGUCCUCCAAAAAACACAUGUACACACAUUUGAUAAACUAGAACCACUGAUUGAUGGUGUAAGAAGGAAAGAUUAUGCGACAUGUACAGAUGCCUACAUGUCUUGAUUGGUUGGAUGUUGGUGGUCCAUAUAAUUUGUUUUUUAUCCUGUGUUCAGAGCCCACAUAGACCAAAUAUUUUCUCAGAGCAGAUCUUAUAUUGAAAACUGUAGGGCAAGAAGCUUAAUAUCACCAACUCUCCUUACUUAAAAAUCACUGACCGGACCUUUAAACUGUGAAUUGUUGCUGAAAACAGUGCAGCCAAUCUGAAAUGAGACCAUGUUAUAGACCCGGUUAAGCAUGAGACUCAUGGCAAAUAUGCAAGUUAACGACUGAUAAACCUGGUCCUUGGUACACGUUCAUCCCCUUGUGCUGCAAGUGGCCACUCGUGUAGUCUGAAUGGGAAGUCAUCAGGUGUGCAUUAAAAACAAUAUUGGACUGCAGGGACAGUCUUCCUGUUUUAAGUUAAUCUUUGACAAAAGAAAAAUCUGCUCCUUGUAGUAUUGCUUUCCUCAACACCAGGUGAUGAAUGUAUUAAUGGGUGAUGCAGUGGGUCAUUGUUUUCACUGUAAGGCUUCAUGAUAUGAACUAAAUUCUGUAUUGCCUCAAAUGACAUGAUUCAAGAUUAUUCAGUUCUUCGAGAUGAUUCCAGGACAAACUAAAACAAUGAUGGACUGAGCAGUUGCUCAUCAGUCUUUAUUUGUGAUAUUGCAGUGUGAUAUUGCAGUGUAAUAUUGCGAAAAUGCAAAUAAUGUAUUGUCCAUCCUUACCUCACUGUAUUGCAUAACAUGCCCUUUUUUUCUGUAUAAUUUCUCUUCAUCAAAUGGUGACAGUUUGAGACAAAUAUUAAGUAAGAAGUCAGCAUUAUCUCAAUGUUUAAAAAAAAUUAAUACUGUCUGAGCCUAAUUUGGAAAAUUAUACUAAACAGAAAACUAGAAAUACUGAUGAAUGAUUAUCCAUAUUACGCACUUUUCCAACAACUCACAGCCAUAAUUUUCAUCAGUAGUAUGUCUUCCAGUGUGUCUAAAUGCCCAUACAUUGAAAUUUCCUUUUCUGCAUCUUUUUUUGUAAUGUCCAAAAUUACACAUAUAUAUUUGAAAAUGAGCUUUUCUGGUUAUUUGUUAAUGUUUUAAAUAUGUAAGCCUUUGCAAUCUGGUGUGAGGGAUGUACAGAUGUUUCCAAAUGAUGAAUGUGGUUGGUGCUGGGGUUUUAAACAAACAAAAAAUAAUAAUAAUAAAAGAUUUAUUUCUGA